AUGGAAAUGUGUGAGCAUCCAAUUGAUAGCCCGAAUCUAUCACAGAAUGAUAUCACUCAUGGAGAUGGUAAACAUAGAUUCACUGAUAUCCCAGAAACUAUUAAUUUUGAUAAAUUCACAACAAUCGAUUGGAUGUCUGAAAGUAAUAAUCCUAUGAAGAAGAAUGAUAUUUGGAAUAAUGAUAGAGAUUUAAUCAAUUCUAAUUUUUCACAUUAUAGAAAGCUUAUUUGGGAAAGAUUUAGAAUCAUUGUCACAUUAACAUUAAUUGCUAUCACUAUUGGAAGUAUUGCAGGGUUCUUACAAAUAUUUACAGAGACUCUAGUCAAUUGGAAAACUGGUCAUUGUGAAAGAAAUUGGUUAUUAAAUAAAUCCUUUUGUUGUAGCUUGGGUGAAACGACAAAAUUAUCAGAUAUGGAAGUUAUUGAUAAACCUAUACCCAUAACAAAACGAUUUCAAUCCUUUAUGGAUUAUUCAUUAACCAAACGUGAAGAGUUUGAAUGCAUAGACCAAGGUCUUUGGAUUAAAAGAGAGAAUACACCGUACCCUUUUCUCAUCUUUGUUGCAUUAUCGAUUCUUUUCGCUACAAUUAGUACUCUUUUGGUCAAAUAUUUUGCACCUAUGGCAACAGGCUCUGGGAUUUCAGAAAUUAAAGUUUGGGUAACAGGUUUCAAAUAUAACGAUAAAUUUUUAAGUUUCAUCACUUUAUUGGUUAAAAGUAUUGCACUACCCUUAACUAUUUCUUCGGGUUUAAGUGUUGGUAAAGAAGGUCCUUCCGUGCAUUAUGCAACUUGUUGUGCUUAUGUUAUUACCAAUUGGCUCUUGGGGGAUAUCUUGACGUAUUCACAACAAGCAGAGUAUUUAACUGCAGCAAGUGGUGCUGGUGUUGCAGUCGCAUUUGCUUCCCCAAUCGGUGGUGUAUUAUUUGGAUUAGAAGAAAUAGCAUCUUCACAAGAAUUUAAUGCCUCUACUCUUUGGAAAACUUAUUACGUAGCAUUGGCAGCUGUAGCUACUUUGAAAUAUAUCAAUCCCUUCAGAAAUGGGAUGAUUGUUCUAUUUAAAGUCACUUACGAUAGAUUAUGGACUUAUCAAGAAAUUCCAGUUUUCUUAUUAUUGGGUGUCUUUGGUGGACUUUAUGGGAAAUAUAUUUCUAAAUGGAAUAUUAAUUAUGUCCGUUUUAGAAGAAAAUAUUUAUCUUCAUGGCCUAUCCAAGAAGUAAUUGUCUUAUCAAUCAUUACCUCGUUAAUUUCAUAUUUUAACGAAUUUUUGAAGUUAGACAUGACUGAAAGUAUGGGGGUCUUAUUCCACGAAUGUUAUAGGAAAUCAGAUCCAUUAAAUUCAGCAGUGGCUACUUCAAAUUUUAAUCAUAGAUUAUGUGUAUUGGAUGAAAACACAAAUACUUGGGGGUUUACUAAAAUAUUAAUGGCUUUACUAUUUGCCACAGUCAUGAGAGCUUUAUUAGUAGUCGUUUCUUAUGGUGCAAUGAUUCCAGCUGGUAUUUUUGUUCCAUCAAUGGCUGUGGGUGCAACAUUUGGCCGUGCUGUUAGUUUACUCGUAGAGAGGUUUAUUAGUGGUUCAGGUGUAAUUACUCCAGGUACAUAUGCCUUUUUAGGAGCUGCUGCUACUUUGAGUGGUGUCACUAAUUUGACAUUAACUGUUGUAGUAAUCAUGUUUGAAUUGACAGGUGCAUUCAUGUAUAUUAUACCAACAAUGUUAGUAGUGGCAGUAACUAGGCUAGUAAUGAAUUAUACUGGUGUAACAAAGGGAAUUUCAGAUCAAAUGAUUUUUGUUAAUGGGUUUCCAAUUAUGGAAUUGGAAGAUGAAAAUGAAAAAUUAGCUUUUAAUUUAAAUUCAAAUAAUUUAGAUGAAGAUACCACUAAACAAAUCAUGUCUACUAAUUUAAUCACUUUAGAUGAAACGAUGUAUCUAUCAGAUUUGAAAAAAAUAGUAUUUAAUCCAAAUAAUGAAUUGAAUGGGUUCCCAAUUAUAAGAGCUGAUGAUAAAUUAGAAAUUGAAAAGAAAUGCAUUGGUUAUGUAUUAAAGAGGCAUUUAAUAACUCAAUUAUUAUUUAUUGAAGAAGAUGAUAGAAAUCUAGAUACAACUUUAGUAACGUUUACUAGAUCUAUCACUAUGCCAGACACUUAUGUUUUCGACUUCUCUGAUUUAGUUAAUCGUUCUCCAAUAACUGUAAAACCAGAUUUCCCAACUAUUUUACUAUUUAGAAUGUUCAAACAAUUAGGAUGUAAAAUGAUAAUCGUAGAACAAGAUGGGUUUAUUCAAGGACUACUAACAAAGAAAGAUAUUUUAAGAUACGAAAGAAUUAAACAUAGAGAGAAGUUUUCCCCAUUAUACAAGGGAAGUACCUUCUUAGAAGAAAAAUAUUGGCCGUUCUUAAAACUUAUUAUUCAAAAAUUCUCUUCAAAAAGAGGACUGUAG